CCAAAGGAAUCUAACAUCAACAUUCUGAUAUUGAAUGACUUGGUUGACUUGCAUUUAUUUAUUUUAUUGUAUUAUUCUGCUUUUAAGUAUUUACGUUUUAUUCAUAAGAGGAAAUCGUCAUAGAAAAAAAGGUUCAAAUAGCGUUUCUUCUUUUGCAGAUUACAACAGACAAGUGGUUUCAAAGAAGAAUUCUGUAAAGUGGUGGUUUCUGUAUCCCUGUUGUUUAAGUAGCGUUGUUUGCGUCUUUUGGAAAGAGAUUUCUCCUGGAAUGGAGGCCAUUGACUCUUGGUGGUCUCGACCAUUUUUCGUUUGGUUUCAUUAUUUGACUUCGCUUCUUUGCUGGUUAAGUUGUGUUCUUUCAAGUCCCGGAGUUGUUAUGAAGGAGACUGAUGUGUCGCAAUAUGAUAUAGCGAUAGUUCAACACACCUCAAAAGAAUAUUGUUUCAUUUGUCAGGUUCCGAAAGCUCCUGGUUCAAAACACUGUUACUUUUGUAAUGUAUGUGUUCCAAGGUAAGAACACACAGAGUCUUUUUUAUUCAGUCUAUCAUAAUUAGUUGGGAUCAUCACUGCCUAUGGGUUCGUAAUUGUAUCG